AUGAAGUUCACCACCGAGUUCACCCUCCUCACCUUGGCCAUGGGCGUCUUCGCCGAGCCCCCCACCAGGGUGGUCGUCGAGCGCGACCUGGCCACGAUCCAGGGCGUCAUCCAGCAGGUCGGCAACCAGCUCAAGGAGCUCAACAAGGCGGUCGAGGGCUUCAACGGCGACCUCAACUCGCUCGCCACGGCUGCCGGCGGCUUCACCAACGUCCUCAACCAGGGCACGCAGCAGGUGCAGGGCACGAGCGAGAUCACGCUCAACGAGGCGCUCCAGCUGCAGCAGUUCGUCUCGAGCCUCCAGAGCGACGGCAACGCCCUCACCAAGAACCUCGAGAAGAAGAAGCCCGAGUUCGAAAAGGCCAACCUUUGCGGCGUCAUCUCGUCCCAGAUCGGCAGCGUCGGCGACGGCGCCAAGAAGCUCAUCGACGCCGUCGUCUCCAAGGUGCCCCAGAGCGUCCAGUCCGUCGCCAGCCAGCUCGCCGGCAGCUUCGCCUCGACCCUGACCUCGACCCAGCAGACAUUCGCCGAGGGCAACUGCACCAACGCCAACGGCAGCGGCGGCGGCGGCAACGGCACGAAAUCCGGCGGUGGCACGAAGCCCUCGUCCCCUGCCACUGCUGGGUCCGGCGCCAUCUACGCCAGUGUCGGCUCCAUCGCCGCCGCGGCCUUCGCCGUCAUGUUGCUGUAA